GCCGUCAAUACGCCACCGCCGGAGGUACAAACACCGGCGCGCCGCCGCCGGCGAUUUCUGUCCGGCGCACAGGUCAACCUCCUUGUCUACCUCCGACCUGCCUCCGACUCUCCCUCCGCGUCAGCUGGGGCCACUGGCGCGAACAAGUGUCUGCAUAGUUUCGGAAUCCUCGUUCUUCGCAUUUCGUCGAAAGUGAUUCCAAAUUCGUACUAACAGACGGUCACAGUGGUUCAAUCCACCUCAUCGAAGAGAGACCGGAGGCCAGGUUCGACGGUGGCGCAUCCAAGAUGAGGUCCUUCUGCAUUUCCGGAUUCUCAGACGCCCUGGACUGGAGGCCCAUCCUCUUCCAGGAGCCCAUCAUCCCUCAGAGCGCAUGCGCACUUUGUGGAUUGGUGUCUCUCAAAGCCACCAGGCUGUCCUGUGGCCACACGCUCUGCUCAGAGUGCCACGAGAAGUGCUCUCAGGAAGGGAAGACCUGUCCCAUCGACGGAGAGUCCUUCGGCGACGAUGAUUGCGUUCGACUCGACAUUUCAGAGGGCUUCCUCGGAAAGUGCCGGGCGGCCUGCUGGAACAAGUCUAAUGGCUGCAACUUCAAGGGUCCCGUCAACAGUCUUUUGAAGCACUACAUCGAGUGUACUUUCCACGUCGUGGCCUGUCCCAAGUGCCAAGUGCCCGUACUGAGGAGCGAGAUUGUGGGACAUUGCAAACAUGGUUGCGUUGUACCCUCCCCUGAACCCGUAGCGGACACAGACUGUGCCACACAGGAACACGACCGCAGUGAGCAGAUAAGUAUUGAAAUCAAAGCAGCGUUGGGCAAGCUCGCUCAAGACCUGUCCUGUCUGCACACCAGCCUUAGCCUGUGCUGGAAGGACGUCAGGGCGGCAGAAAGGAGGUCGAAAGAACAACUGCAAGCUCAGUCUGCGGAACUUGUUGUACACUUGACCAGAUUGCUCACCGAAAGACCUUCUCUAGCAGGAAGCGGAUCGAGUGACGCCACUGGGGUCGCUGCUGAAGUGGAGGAGGGUUUUCGGGUCGGAAACUUGAGCGCACACGCCGAAUGCCUGCUGAAUGCCAGAGAGAGCGCGUGCCAAGGACCGCCUUCUGAUGACCAAAGAAAGGAAUUCCACUGGCACUUAAGGGGAUACGCAGCUCUGAGGAAACAAGCAAGCAAGGAUGAGGGAACGGUAGUUGAGAGUCCCCGGCACUAUUUGAGUGGAUACAACGUUUCCAUUGUAUGCCACCUUGAAAGGGCGUUCGGCUUCAGCAAAGUUGAUUGUUAUUUAAAAAUCUAUCCUGGAGCCAACGAUUCGAGCCUUGAAUGGCCGUUCAGCGAGACUGUCAGGGUCGGGGUCUUGAACGACACGGGCAGAAAAAAGAGUGAUCUUGAAAGAGUAGAUGUGAGUAUGUAUAAAGAUGCACGUGCUUUGCAGAGGCCAGAGGGAAAUCCCAACAAAAGUUUUGUAUUCUUGAAGCGGUGGACCCUGGAGUAUCUAGAAAAGCAGGGGUUUGUUGAAGGUGACUCACUGCACCUGCUCCUUGAGGUGGUGUAAUUGAAAGACUGCUUCUCUUACGAACGAUAAAUUUAAAAUGAGAAAAAAGUAAGCUGCUAAAAUUUAAAUUAAGCUUUUUACCUCUCCUUCAUAAUCGCGCCCUGUUUCAUUGAUAGUACAGUUUCACAGCUGUCUCAUUUUCUUGUUUGCUGGAACUGAAUCAGGCACAAUGAGAAAAAUGCAAAUAUGUAGAUUGUGAUGUAUCAGUAUAAUUAAACCAUAUACUAAAUGCACCGGCUUUGCUGUUAAUUAAAAUCAUACUUAUAAUGUAAAAAAAAAUAUUGGCAUACUAAGUCCGAAUAUUUUAUUAUUUCUAUUUGUGCACUUAUCAUACCGUUAUCAAGCAAGAAAUGUUUUUAUUGUUUGAGAAUGUCAGUGCUCUUCUGAGACAGAAGUGGCGCUCUUCUGGGGAGAAAUUAAAUUGGAGUCUUGAGCUUUAUCCUUACCUUGCACUUUGUUCUUCGGACGUGCUGUGUCAUAUUGUGAGCCAGAGUGCGAAAUAAAGAAACAGAAACAAAAAA